CUUCGAGUUUCCAUAGAUGUUGACAGUCUCGAGUCCCGUUGUUAACCAGGCAGCGAAGAUACACACACUCCCUCGUCCACUUGUUCAUCUCUCCCAGGAUUGUGCUCUCCUCACCAUAUCAGAAUGUCUCUCUCCGACUCUAAAAAGCGUCUGGCGCUGUCGAUAAUAGACUUCCUGUCCACUUCUCUCAAGGAUGGCACUCUCACGGCCGAUGAUGCCGACAAUAUUGAGAUCGCCAGCAACUGUAUCGCAGAAGCCUUUAAGGUCGACCCCUCCGACAAGGCAGCCGUGUCCGAAGCGGUCGGCUCUCAGUCCCUGCUCAACAUCUUCUCGGUUUACGAGAAACUGCAAGGAAAGGCACCUCCUGCAGAUGCCCAAGCCCCUCCUCCGCAACCAGCGGCCCCCAAGGCCAUAAACCCAGAGGCGGAGAAACUCAAGAGCGCAGGCAAUGCAGCGAUGCAACAGAAAGAUUACAAGACCGCGAUCGAAAAAUACACCCAGGCCAUAUCCUACGCUCCUACAAACCCCAUCUACCUCUCCAACCGUGCCGCGGCCUAUUCUGCAAGUGGUGAUCAUGCAUCCGCCGUAAAGGACGCCGAACUCGCCGUUGCUGCAGACCCCAAAUAUACAAAGGCUUGGUCAAGAUUAGGGCUGGCGAGGUUCGCCAUGGGCGAUGCCAAGGGAAGCGUGGAGGCUUACCAGCAGGGCAUUGACUUUGAAGGGAAUGGAGGCAGCGAAGCCAUGAGGAAAGGCCUGGAGACUGCAAAGAAAGAACUGGCUCGGAUGGAAGCAGAGGAGCAGAAGAUACCUGAGGAUGAAGUGGACGACGCCGCGGGCGAGACACGUGGCGGAGGUGGAAUGCCGGAUCUCGCCAGUCUGGCAGGAAUGUUCGGUGGUGGUGGUCGUGGCGGCGGAGGCGGCAUGCCAGACCUAUCCAGCAUAAUGAGCAACCCGAUGUUUGCAUCCAUGGCACAGAACCUCAUGCGCAACCCGGAGGCUCUCAGCGGGAUUAUGAGCAACCCGACCAUCCAGAACAUGAUGAACAAUCGCCGAGAAGGUGGAGGUGGUAUGCCUGACAUGAGCCAAAUACAACAAAUGAUGCAGGAUCCCCAGCUCGCAAACCUUGCGCAACAAUUCAUGGGUGGAGGUGCCGGCGGCGCUGGUGCUGGGCGAGGUGGUCAACGAUGAACUGGAGGAAGAUGAUCUAUUCUGUGACAUAGGUAAUACGAAGAAAUGAUACACCAAGUACGACGACAAUAGCAUGCCGACUCAAAGUGACUGUUUUGACAAAUCCUUCGUCUGAUGCUUGGCCGGCUGAUUCACUUGUACCGAG